ACAUAUCGUUCUCGUUCACGUCUCUGGCAUCACACGUUUCCGUGGCUCUCGGGUUCUCCGCGCAUGUCCGACUCGUUAUCGAUGCGCCUGCUGGCCUAACGAAGGCCUGAGCAUGCGCUCGCGUGAUCGCUCAAAGUCCCUAGAAGAUACGCGGGCUUUUACGAAUUCGAUCUGCUCGAACUUCGUUCACAGAUACAGUUUCGAAAGGACAUAGUAAAUCGAAAUGUUAAUCGUGCUUUCGAGGUCGUGACGCCUCGUCAAGUUUUAUCCUUCGCGUUACUUCGACUUUCGAUCGCAUCGACUCUCGCUAACCUUGACAUUUCUAACAGGCACGAUCUCCCUCUCUCUUUUAUCACGUUUAUUUUCGAAAGGCUAACUAUUUUAUCCGAAUGAAAGAAGAAACCUGUUGAGAUCGUCGGGAAUUUCGUAUGAAAUAUAUCCCAGCCUAGUAGGGUAAUGCAUAGUACGCGUACGCGGGCUAGUGAACCAGAUUGCAGGUGCAUGUAUCUCUUAUCUCGGCCAUGGCGAAGUCCGUUAAGAGGAGCGUGGAAAUACCAUUACCUUAUGGAAAUACGACCGUGCUGUUUUCGAAAUUUUCAGUCGUGAGCCGAUAAACCCAAGCGAGAAACGCAGGAGGAUGCAUAUUUCCUUGAAAUACUUGAUUCCUUAAAAGGAUCUCCCGAAGGAAUGAUAGCCAAAAGAUCGAGAAACGUCCUAAAGGCGUUUCUUCUUCCUCGGACGGAUAAUCGAAGGGGAAUAUUUUUUCAAAGGGACAAGCCACUCGCCUCUGAGGUCCUAACGAAUUAUCUUCUUCAAACGAGAGAACCACCAUGGACCUCGUACUUCGUCAAAUACGCCGACGUGGUCAACGAUCAGAGGGGCAUGUCUCAUUUCAAUUGGUCCGUAGCUAACAGCAAUUAUCACGUAUUGAGGACUGGCUGUUUUCCUUACAUCAAGUAUCACUGUACAAGACGACCAAGGCAGGACCUCAGUACCGACGACAAAUUCUUCAAGGCGAUCAAGAUACUUAACCUUGGUAUCCCUACUCUGAUGUACGGAUUAGCUGCGACGUUUCUGAUACGACAUCGAGAGAUCGUAAAAACACCUCGAGGUGACAUCACGAUUUACUUUUUACUACCGGAGGACAAAGGCUCUCUCUAUUGAUCGAAUAUAUCUAUCCGGUUACAUACGUUUGCUUAUAAAUUUAUUAAUAUAAUUUCCUGUUGAAAUCGA